UGGUCUGAAAAUAAAGAUUUACAAAAGUUUCAGCACUUUCCUUUAUUUAUUAAAGAGUAUCACUUUUGUGAAAAUUCAAUUUUGAUGUCUUCAGUUGCUGAACCUGCCGGGAUGAUGAGGAAGAGCUUCCGUCGUCAGAAAUCUCAGAGAUUAUGGGCGAAGGUUGUUAUGAGGAAGUGGUUGAACAUAAGUGCUAGAGAUCUUGAGUAUGGUGCUGAUACUGAAGACGAAUCCGAAAACGAGGACGUUGUAGAGGAAAACCAAGACUCUAGCUCCGACGAAGAUAAUGAAGAAUCGAGCACGCGAAGGAGAGGAUCGACUCAAUCGUGUGUUAGUGAGAUCUCGGAGGAUCCUAUCACCGUCGCUGAAGCCGCCGCGGAGUUUACUAGCAAUGAUGCUCCGUUGAAGUUAAGGAGAAGGAAUUCAGAAACAUUGAGAGCACAGUAUAUUAACAACAAAGAAAUAAGAGUAUGUGUUGGUACGUGGAACGUAGGAGGAGUAUCACCACCUUCUGAUCUUGACAUCGAUGACUGGAUCGACAUUAAUCAUUCUGCCGAUAUCUACGUUCUUGGUUUACAAGAGGUUGUACCUUUGAAUGCUGGGAACAUACUUGGAGCUGAAGAUAACCGACCGGUUGCAAAAUGGGAAGAAGUGAUCAGAGAAGCAUUGAACCGAGUCAGACCGAAAAACUCUGGGGUUAAGAGUUACAGUGAUCCACCAACUCCAGGGAUAUUCAAACCUUUUGACGAAACACACGAUGUCAUAGAGGAAGAAGUCGAUUACGAGAGCGAUAGCGACGCUGGCGUUGAGAUUCACCCCAUCAACGAGGAAGAAGAAGAAAGCCUCGGGGAGCUAAAGCAUGACGGUGGAGUUGUAGGUGAAGUCAACACUCUCGUUGAUCCUAACUCUGGUGUGCCGGUUGUUGAGAUUAAUAGACAGUUCUUUUCUCCUAAGAAGCUAGACAGACAAAUCUGUUUACGUGUUGAUAGCUUUGACAAGAGGAAGAACGAUGAGGAUUCCCCUGGAACCGGUAUGAAAACGCUAAACCGGAUGUUAAGUGGGAAAGAAAGGAUCGGUUUAAGCUGGCCUGAGCCUCCUUUGAGCAUGUUAGGACCUUCUUGCGUUCUAGAUAGACAGCCGUCCAUGAAGACAACGACGUCCUUACAAACAACAAAGUCUUUCAAGGCUUACAAUUCGUUUAAGUAUGUAGCCGGAAGCAACAACGGGGUUGCACCGGAGGUAUUGGCUCUAGCGUCCAUGGACCUGACGUCGCUGAUGGAGAGGAAACGAAGACCGGCUUAUGUGAGGCUAGUGAGUAAACAAAUGGUUGGGGUUCUUUUAACCAUUUGGGUUAAACGAAGUAUGCGGAAACACAUUCAAAACGUAAGAGUUUCUACAGUUGGAGUUGGCAUCAUGGGUUAUAUUGGUAACAAGGGAGCUGUGUCUGUGAGUAUGUCGAUAUACCAGACGUUCUUCUGUUUCAUAUGCACUCAUUUGACGGCAGGAGAAAGAGAAGUUGAUCAGAUCAAGAGGAUUGCUGAUGUUCACGAGAUACAUAAAAGAACAGUCUUUCACUCUGUCUCAGCUCUUGGACUUCCCAAGCUUAUCUAUGAUCACGAACGAAUAAUCUGGUUAGGAGACCUCAAUUAUCGGCUUAAUUUAUCGUAUGAGAAAACCAAAGACCUCAUUUCCAAGAGAGAGUGGUCCAAGUUACUUGAAUAUGAUCAGCUGGUAAAGGAAUACAAGAAAGGUCGAGCUUUUGACGGAUGGUCAGAAGGAACUUUACAAUUUGCACCAACCUAUAAGUACCAAGCGCAUUCAGAUGAGUAUACUGGGAGUGAUGGAAAGGCGACAAGGAGAACACCGGCUUGGUGUGACAGAAUACUAUCUUUCGGCAAAGGAAUGAGGCUGGUUCAAUACCGGCGUACCGAAAAUAAAUUCUCAGAUCAUCGUCCGGUUGUAGCAAUAUACAUGGCUGAAGUCGAGGUGUUUUCCGCGAGGAAGCUUCAGCGAGCAUUGACAUUUACAGAUGCAGAGAUUGAAGACGAGGGACUUGUGGCCGUAGUCGUUUAAGAGAAUAAGAAGAAAAGAAGAGAUUAAGAUUUGAUGCUUAAUGUUUGUUUGAUCUUGCAUAUGAAGUAUUGGCGAAAGAGACAAUCUCUUUCUACGGAUAGUUUUAAUCUUAUGUCGUUACUGAUGCAUCACACUGGAAAACGUUCCUAGUGUUAUACUUCUUUCUUCUCUUGAA